AUGAUGGUGAUGCUACUAGUUGUAAAUCAAGAGUUGGAUCUGAAGGUAUAUGUAUAUGGAAGACUGGAACCAAAUGUAUUGCUAGAGAUUGUACUUAAGCAGCAGCCAAUUUAAAUACUAAUUCUCUUUGUGCCAAUUAUUUCUCUUAUUUUUUUUACUACUAGAUCUAGAUGUGUUUCAAAAACUACUAAAUAAUAAAGUUAUGAAGGUCCUAAUAAUUGUUCAUGGUAACCUAUUUGUACUAGUACUUCAAACUGUAGUGCAUUUACGAAAAAAUCAAUUUGUGUAGCAAAUUAAGCUAGAGUAAGGAUUUUUGAUAAAAAUAAUGAAAAUGGAAAUCCAUUAUUUAUUUUUGUAUCAAAAAAAUUUGAUAGGUUGAAUAAUACUUGUAAGGAAUUGUCUUGCUCAGAUUUAACAGGAGCUUAUAAUAAUUCUGAUGCUAAUUGUGCAGCAGAACUAUUAAUAUGCAUUAGUAAUAGAUUUGAUGCUUAUAUAAUUAAAUAUGAAUGUAGUAACUUUCAGGAACAUAAUCUACUAGUUUAAGUUAUCCAGGUAUUGUACUAAUUCAUCAACAGCUACUGAUAAUACUCCUUGUGUAUAAAGAAAAUGUUCAUAUAAUACAUAAGUAACUGAUAAUGCUACAUGUGCUUCAUUCUUACCUGAAUGUAUCAGUAAUGGAAAAGGUUGUGUUGAUUAAAUUACUCCAUGUGCAUCAAUGAAAGGAACUUAAGAAAAUUUAAUAAGAUAUUUGAUUAUAAGACCUGAUCUAUUGAUAAAUUUACAACUAAUUAAUGUUACAACUGUUCAACAGCCACUGAAAAUGAUUAUUGUAAAAUCAAAACUUGCAAAUUAGCAGAAAACUAAAAUGAUGGUUCAUGUGAUUCAUUUUUAAAUGGAUAUUUCUAUAAUGGAAAUGGAAAGUGUGUUGAGCCAAAUGCUAAUGACACAACUUCAACAAGUUAUGAAGGUGUUUUGGCUUUUUGUGAAUCUGCUGUUGUUGGAAGUAAUAGUUCUAAAUAUUGUUUUGGAAGAUCUACAUCAGCUACAUCUACUCUUUAAGCUUGUACAGAUAAUACAACAGCAAUCAAAAUUGAAAAUUGUGAGGAUUUCAAGGUAGAAUGUAUAGUUAAAUCUGAAGUAGGACGUGUCAGGAAAUCAAAACCUUGUUCUUAAUAAUCAGGAACUGUUACUUCUUGCCCUAACUUCAGUGGUGAUUUAAAAGUCUCUUCAAUUUGGACUAAAUUUAAAUGCACAAAAUAUUAUGCUUACUAAGUUAGAUUAUGCUCUAAUAAAAUAAGUCCUUAAUCAGCUAAAGAUUGUCUUGAUCAUAAAUCUACUUGUAGAUUUUUAAGGCUGGAUCUGCAUACAUUGAUGCAACAGCUUGUAGUAGUUAUAGUCUACCAGAUACUGCAACUACUGAUUAAGAAACGUUUGAUUAUUUUACAAGUAUCAAAGAUAACGUUGAGUUAUUAUUUGGUUAUACAUCAGGAGCAACUAAAUUUUCAGCUAGAACUUGUGAAUAAUUCUUAAGCAAAUAUACUUCAUUAUUAUGCACUACUUAUUUAUAGAAGAAUAUCUCUACUUCUACUGAUGAUGCAUGUAAAUUAGCAGGAACCAUAUGUUAUUUACCAAAUAAAGCUCACUGUGUAUAUAGUUAUGCUUCUACUGAUUCUAGUGAUAUUCUUAAUAAGCUCAAUGUAGAAGGUUUAUAAAUGAAAAGGACUUGCAGGUACAUUCAAAACAGGUAAAACUAAAUGCAGUUUAUAAGAUAGUUGCAACAUUAAUUAUUUAAACAGAUGCAAGGACCUGUACCGAUUCAACUCUUUUGGCAAGUAAAGGAGAAUGUUAAAAAGUAACAGAUUCAAAUUAUCUCACUAUAUCAGAAACUUGUAGUGA